GUGGCGGAGGCGGUGCGGCGGAGCGGGGCGCCAUGUCGCGGCGGCGGUGGCGGGGCCCGCAGAGCGCGGAGGGCAGCGGCCGCGGGGGCGAGAUGGGCAAAAUGGCGGCGGGCGGCGGCGGCGGGGGCGGCUCGGGGCGGUACUACGGCGGGGGGGGCGACGGAGGCCGAGCCCCGAAGCGUCAGAAGACGGAGAACGCGGAGCCGCCGCCUCAUGGGCCCGGAGGGCCGGGGGGGGGCGGCGGGGCCGGGGCCGGCGGAGCGGAGAACUACGACGAUCCCCACAAGACCCCCGCGUCCCCCGUGGUGCACAUCCGGGGGCUGAUCGACGGCGUGGUGGAGGCCGACCUGGUGGAGGCCCUGCAGGAGUUUGGCCCCAUCAGUUACGUGGUGGUGAUGCCCAAGAAGCGCCAGGCCUUGGUGGAGUUUGAGGACAUCCUGGGUGCCUGCAAUGCUGUCAACUACGCAGCCGACAACCAAAUCUACAUCGCCGGACACCCCGCCUUCGUCAACUACUCCACCAGCCAGAAGAUCUCCCGCCCCGGGGACAGCGACGACUCCCGCGGCGUCAACAACGUUUUGCUCUUCACCAUUCUCAACCCCAUCUACUCGAUCACGACGGAUGUGCUCUACACCAUCUGCAACCCGUGUGGCCCCGUGCAGAGGAUCGUUAUCUUCAGGAAGAACGGCGUCCAGGCCAUGGUGGAGUUUGACUCAGUGCAGAGCGCACAGCGAGCCAAAGCGUCCCUUAACGGGGCCGACAUCUACUCUGGGUGCUGCACGCUGAAGAUUGAGUACGCUAAGCCCACACGCCUGAACGUUUUCAAGAACGACCAGGACACCUGGGACUACACCAACCCCAACCUCAGCGGACAAGGCGACCCGGGCGGCAAUCCCAACAAGCGCCAGCGGCAGCCCCCGCUCCUGGGAGACCACCCGGCGGAGUACGGUAGGACGCUGCAGUGCUGGGGGGGGGGGGGAGGGGGGUGCGGAGGUGUCAGCCCUCCCCACGGGAUCCCCAACUCUGUCCCUGUGCUCCCCCCAUCCUUCCCAGGAGGACCCCACGGCGGAUACCACGGGCACUACCACGAUGAGGGCUACGGCCCCCCGCCGCCCCAUUAUGAAGGGAGGAGGAUGGGACCCCCGGUCGGGGGGCACCGCCGGGGGCCCAGCCGCUACGGCCCCCAGUAUGGGCACCCCCCGCCCCCACCGCCGCCCCCUGAGUAUGGCCCCCACGCCGACAGCCCAGUGCUGAUGGUUUACGGGUUGGACCAGUCCAAGAUGAACUGUGACCGCGUCUUCAACAUCUUCUGCCUCUACGGGAACGUGGAGAAGGUGAAGUUCAUGAAGAGCAAACCGGGGGCGGCCAUGGUGGAGAUGGCCGACGGGUACGCCGUGGACAGGGCCAUCACCCACCUCAACAACAACUUCAUGUUCGGGCAGAAGCUGAACGUCUGCGUCUCCAAGCAGCAAGCCAUCAUGCCGGGGCAGUCCUACGGGCUGGAGGACGGUUCCUGCAGCUACAAAGACUUCAGCGGGUCACGCAACAACCGCUUCUCCACCCCGGAGCAGGCGGCCAAGAACCGCAUCCAGCACCCCAGCAACGUGCUGCACUUCUUCAACGCGCCCCUCGAGGUGACGGAGGAGAACUUCUACGAGAUCUGCGACGAGCUGGGGGUGAAGCGGCCGUCCUCCGUCAAGGUGUUCUCUGGCAAGAGUGAGCGCAGCUCCUCGGGGCUGCUGGAGUGGGAGUCCAAGAGCGACGCUCUGGAGACCCUCGGCUUCCUCAACCACUACCAGAUGAAGAACCCCAAUGGGCCCUACCCCUACACGCUGAAGCUCUGCUUCUCCACCGCCCAGCACGCCUCCUAAGUGUUACCCCCCCACGGGGCCCCCCCGGCCGGACCCUGCUCUCUUUUGGUUUUUUUUUUUCUUUUUUUCUUCUUUUUUUUUUAUUAAAAAAAAAAACAGAACAGUCACGCAGAGGCUGCCCGCAGGGGAGGCCGUGGCGGUGCCCCCCCCCUCUAUUUCCCACCCCCCCAUCAUUUUUAAGGAGAACGAUUGUAUGUGUGACCCAUCCCCGUGUUGUAAACUCCCCCCCCCUCCCCACUGCUGGGCCCCCGGAGCCUUUCAAUAAACUGUUUGGAAACA